AAGCGUCGUUUGUUUUGAAUCCCCGCAACACGUGAAUCCAAACAAAAGUUGCUACUCUUCGUUCUUACAAAAUGUCAAAAAUUGUCAUCAAAAGUGGAUUUUCAGCCGUUGCUUGCCCAUUUGACAAUUUCAAAUCCCUCGAGUUGGGUCAAAAGUUAAGCCAAGCCGGGCAUAUUUACGACAUAACUGAAGUUCGAGAGCCGUCCAAGGAGACCCUGGUCUAUUCCAAAUGUGUACCGCAAACAAAUGUCAGUAAUCCACCGUGGCGGGUUGAGAUCACCUUGAAUAAUGAGCGAAUUGUUACCCAAGCCCAUUGUUCAUGUCCAGCUGGCUUGAGUGGGCAUUGCAAGCAUCGAGCCGCGCUCGUGAUUACCCUCAACAAUCAUCGGGAUGAGUCACAAACCGACAAUCAGCAAGCCUGGCGGAAACCGUCCACCCAUGGGAAAAGCCUGUAUCCCAAAGGAAAACGAGUCAAAGAAAUAAUCAAGAGCAAGAGUAGGGGACCGUCGCCUUCAUAUGCUCUUCCCUCAAAAAAAAUCCGUGCACAUUACAUGAAGGACCUGGAGGAAUUUGGCCUCGCAAACUCACAAAUUUACCACGAACUGAAAGAAGAAUCAAGGGAGGUCCAAUCUGAAGCAAAGGGGAGCUUGGCAAUUCCGGAUUGGGUUAAAAACGUCUUAUCCGCUCAGCAUCAAUUUGUCACGACGGCCGCCAUUCAUCUUGAGACUUUGCCAUCUAAACUGCGGCAAUUCUACCAAGAACAUGUGUGUGUGGAUGAUGAAACUACAAAGUCGAUUUUUGAAGCCACUCUUGAGCAAUCUGGAUCAGUUAUGUGGAUAAAUCAACGCAAGCUGAGAAUAACUGGAAGUCGUGCCCAUGGGAUUUUCCGUGGCAGAACACCGCACACAAGAGCUGGAAACUUCUUCAAGAGUCCCCCCGAGGUUGAAAGCAUCAAAUAUGGUCGAAGAAUGGAAAAAGCAGCCUUGGAACAAUACCAGCUUAUCACGAAGCGAGAGGUGUUCCGGCCUGGAUUAGUCAUCAAAAAAGUUCAGCCUUGGUUAGCCACAACCCCAGAUGGGCUUUUCAUUGAUGAAGAAGGCAACGUCGGUGUCUUGGAAAUUAAAAGUCCAAAGUCAUGUGAGAAAGCGUCGAUUGAUGUACCAUAUCUGGUUGGGAAUGAAUUGAAAAAGUCAUAUCAAUAUUUCUCACAAGUUCAACUUCAGCUCUAUUGCUGCGGCUUAGAUAAAGCAGACUUCUUUGUCUUCAGUGAACACGAUUUCAAACUCGUUCGUGUCAGCAUUGAUCAUGACUUCUGUUAGAAGAUAGUGUCUAGUUUAGAAAGGACGUAUUUCAAUGAAAUUUUGCCAGCCAUUGAGCGAUCUCUGUAAAAAAGACAUUAAAGUUUGACUAAUGUUCAUUGGAGUCAAGUAAAAAGAAUGACAUUUGUAUACGUUGAGAUCA